AGAAGAACGUUAGUUAGAGAUAUAGGAGCUGUCUAACUGAGGCAGGGAGGGAGAGAAUCCACAGAGCAGCUCAGUGAGUCAGGCAUCAUAAUGCAUGUCUGAUCUCUGCACAAGACAUUCUCAUCACCCAACCAAAGCGGCUGACCUAAAAGAGUUAGAGAAGCAAAGCACGUGGUCAUUUCAAAGGAAAGAAUACAAUCAUGAAGAGAAGUAUGAUUCUAUUAUUGGCUGAGUGCUGUAUUUUUCUCACAGUGGCUCACAUAGCAAAGACAUCUUACCUGAAAGAGAUGGAAAACCCUAAGAAGCAUCACCAUAAGGUCCAACAUGGGCCCUGCAGCUACACCUUUCUACUCCCUGAGGUAGACAACUGUCCCUCACCUCCGUCUAACUUUCAGGUAUCCAACUCCCUGCAGAGGGAUGCACCUCCACAUGCAGAAAAUCAAUGGCCCAGUAAGAAGUUGCAGGAUCUGGAGAGCAUAACUGAAAAUAACACACAAUGGCUACAAAAGCUGGAGAGUUUAAUUCAGGAUAGUGUAAGAGGUGAAAACGGAGGUGCACAGAGGUCAGCAGUACAGAAUCAAACUGCCACAAUGCUAGAAAUUGGCACCAACAUACUAACUCAAACAGCAGAGCAAACAAGGAAGCUGACAGAUGUAGAGACCCAGGUUUUAAACCAGACAACUAGGUUGGAAAUCCAGCUGCUUGAAAAUUCGUUAUUCACUAACAAACUGGAGAAAGAAAUGAUGUUGCAGACUCAAGAAAUAGUCAAACUGCGUGAAAAGAAUAGCUUUCUGGAGCAUAAAGUCUUGAAAAUAGAGGAAAAGCAUAAAGAAGAGGUUGAAGUUCUUAGAUCUGAGAAGCUCCAGGUGGAUGAUGUACUCUCCAGGCAAAAUGAAUUGAUUGGGGAGUUGGGACAACAACUUAGUGAAGCAACUGUGAACAACAGCAUGCUGCAGAGGCAGCAGAUAGCUAUUAUGGAGACUGUUGGGCAACUCAUCAACAUGGUUUCACAAUACAACCCAGAUAUUCCAGUCAUACCCAAAGAGGAUCAGAUGACAUUUCGUGAUUGUGCGGAUGUUUAUAAAUCUGGAUUGACCUCAAGUGGAGUAUACACUUUGCACUUCUCAAAUGCAACCAGCACAGUGAAAGUACUGUGUGAAAUGGAUAUAAGUGGAGGAGGCUGGACUAUUAUCCAACAUCGCAAGGAUGGAUCUGUGGAUUUUCAUCGUCUCUGGAAGGAAUAUAGAGAGGGUUUUGGUUCCCCAUCAGGGGAGUACUGGCUUGGGAAUGAAUUUGUUCACCAGCUCACAGCUCACGGCUCAUAUGCUUUGCGGAUCCAGCUCCGAGACUGGGAUGGAAAUGAAGCCUACUCCUUGUAUGAUCACUUUUCUCUGGGCACUGAGGAACAGAAAUAUAGGCUGCAGGUGAGAGGAUACAGUGGGACAGCAGGAAGGACAAGCAGUUUUAGCCCCACGGGGACCGAGUUCAGCACCAAGGAUGUAGAUAAUGACAGGUGUAGCUGCAGAUGUGCCCAAAUGGCAACAGGAGGAUGGUGGUUUGAUGCCUGUGGCCCUUCUAAUCUUAAUGGAAUCUAUUACCAAGGGGGACAGAGUACAGCAAAGUUUAAUGGAUUAAAGUGGCACUACUGGAAAGGGCCCACUCAUGGGCUGAAAUCUGUGAGCAUGAUGAUCCGCCCUACAGACUUUUAAGAGUGUCAAGAGACUAAGUGGAGAAGCUUCUACGCCUUUAUCGUGACUUACAAAGACUUGAGAAAAAAGAUGAGAUGAUUAUGAAUUCAUCGACCCUGAAACUUGCUGAAACCAUCUAUGACAAGCUAGAGCUCUUUGGGUGCUAUGCCAUUGGCACUUAAUCAACAUGUAUAGGUGCAAAACAACUCUAUACUCUAUUUAUACUUUAUAUCAUAUAGAAUCUAUUUUGUCUAAUUUCUGCCCAGAUUUCAUAAACAGAAACUUUUCUUCAAGUAUCAUCUGCCAUAAGAAAAGGAAGUAGAAUUCAAUUUCUAGCACAUUCUGGAGACUUGCUCAUUUUCCUGGACUUUUAAAUUAACAAUACAAAGUCCUUUUCAGUGUAAAAUAUUCAGAUAAUUCUAUAUUUUAGCCCCAGCUGUAAUCAAGCCACUAAAAGACUGUGUUCUGUAUAGUGUUUGCACUGUAGGCAUUGUAUAUUCCAUUAUUUUUUGCAUCACAACUUCUUUAACUUUGACUGAAUGCUUGCUGGGACCUUGUCUAUGAGGAAGUGCUCAGAUCAAUGUGGUAUCUGAAAAGACCUAGGGGUGUAGAAACUUACUUCCAGUUACUCUCCACUCCCUGAAAUUAGUAAAUUAUAUUGUGGGGGUCAGAAUGUAAUAUACAUACAGUAUGGAUAAACAAUGAAAUAAAUGUUACCCCAGGACUGUUAUUCCUAUCUGUCAGACCAUAAACAGCUAUUAUAUCUCCAUCACAUACAUGAUAACAGUUUAGAUUUCUUCAAACAACCAGAAAUCCUUGAUGAGUUCUUGCCCAUGAAAAAGUUUAGAGUGUAAUCUGCAAAUCAAUGUUUUUUUCUGCAUAACACAUUCAUGGGUGUUCAAUGUUCAUUCCUUCCAGUAAAAUGGCCUGGGUGGAGGUUUGAAUAACAAAAAAGCUGACUAGAAAAAGACAUCAAUCAACUGUCAAAAUAAUUUGCUUUACAACUUUUAAAUAUAAUGCAUGCUGUAGACAAAGCAAGCUGCAUGCAUGUAAUGUUCCAAGAUGCUCUAGAAUAAGCAUGUAAUGUUCCAAGAUAUGUUCUAGAACAGUGAUCCUCAACCAAUGUCUUGCAAGCAACAUGCUGCUCACCAGCAUGUUGCUCCCAGUGGCCUCAAAGCAGGUGCUUUUUUUUUGGAUUUUUGGUUUAAAGGCAAGUUUUGGUUUUAUAAAAACAGGUAUACUGCCAAACAGAGUCUCCUGUAGGCUGCCAGUCAACAUAGAGGCUGUUAUAGGCCUUAUUUGGCACCCUAAGACUUUUUUAUGCUGGUGUUGCUCAGUUCCUUUUACAUUUGAAUGUGGCUUACAGAUAAAAAGGGUUUGGGAUCCCUGCUCUAGAAUAAUCAUUCUGCAUUCAUGUAAUUUUCCAAUAAAUGCUCUAGAAUAAGCAUG